AUGGAAUCAAGGAUAAUCAACAAAGUCUCCAGCAUGGUGAAAUCUUCUGAGUUAAUUAUUUUGGAGAAGGUUGACUACACUGAUCAGUCUAAUGAACUUCGUGUUAAAUCCCAGAGAUCUGAUUUUAUGGUUAAGAAGGUACGUGAAGAUGUGAACAUGAAAAUUCGUGAACUUCGUGAAGACAUGCAGAGAGAAGUUCAAAGUGUUCAACAAGAUUAUGCUUCAAUCAAUAAAAAGGUUGACAUUAUUUGUGAGGCUGUCACCAAAUAUGUCAAAUUAUAUGAAAGCAUGAGUCCUCAACUUACUCAUCUUUCUAAAUUAGAAAAAAAGAAUUUUGGAGAGUUGAUUGUGUUCUUAAAAGAGCUGAAGCAGUUAUCUGUAAAACCUGUGUCCACUUGGAUUAUCACUCCAAAGUUUUUAUCUGACAAAUUCAUCCAGUUCGAAGCUAUUCUUCACAAACAAUUAUCUCCUCUUACUCGUAUUUCAAGUAUUCUUCCCACAGUAUUAGAUGCCCCACCUUCUUUCGCAUGGGUGCAAGGGGGAGAAAAGAUUGAUGAAUUGAAGAAGACUGGUGAAGAAGUAAAGGUGAGCAAAGAAGAUUCAAAGGUGGUGGGAAAAGUGUUCCCUUCGAAGAUCCCAAUUACAAAGCCAAUCAUUGUAUCAGCUGGGUUAGCUACUUCAACUGUGGUCACAAUGGUUCCAAUAACCAGACUAGAAUUGAAAGGUGUUGUGAUUGGUGAAGAGUCUGAGUCUAGAGAUAAAGGUAAAGCCAAGAUCAUAGAAAAUACUAAGGAAGAAAAGAAGGAUGAAGUUAAUGCGGAGUUGGAAAGGAUGAGGCUUGUGCAAAGUGUUAUGACUCUUCGUGCACAAGACCCUGUGGGUUUGGAAAAGGGAGAUCCUUCGAAGCAAUACAACUAUGAAACAAUUGAGGCAAAAUUCAUGUUUGAUCACAUGUGUUCAUUUGAGAAGUUUAAAGCUAAAAUUAUGUGUAAAGACAAACAAGAAGGGAAGAAGCUGAAGAUACGUUUCCAUUCAGUGUUGGUGAAAGCACCUGAAGAAGUCUGCACCAAUGGCUCCUACGCAAAACAAGUAGAUCUGAAGAAAUAUGAAGAUGGUGAAAUCUGCUUAAAGCCAUUGGGGGUUGUCUUCGCUGGGAAAGACAAAGCUGGUAGAGUAAAGCGAUUAUUGUUCCAAACUUAUGAAGUGGAGAGAUAUGCAACUUCUCAGUUUACGAACUUAAUUGUUCGUAUGAACCAACGCAGGAAGAACAGUGAAGGAGACAAGAAGGAGAUUAAAAAGGAGGUGGAAACAGAGCUUUCCAACGUUUAUGGUGAUAUCAUGACUGUGAUUGAUAAGCAUCUGAUUCCAUCUUCAUCUGUUGGACAAUCCAUUAUUUUUUACUACAAAAUGAAAGGAGACUACUAUAGGUAUCUUGUAGAGUUCAAGUAUGAGGAUUUAUCUCCUACUCAUCCAAUCCUAUUGGGUUUGCCUUUGAACUUUUAUGGUUUCUAUUAUGAGAUUAUGGAUUCUCCCGUAAGAGCUUGCCAGCUUGCGACACAAGCAUUUGACAAACCUAUAUCAGAGCUUGACUCCUUAAGUGAUGAAUCAUACCAAGAUAGCACUUUAAUUAUUGCCACAACAGAUGGACUUGGAGGUAUGCCUUUUGGAAGGCUUCUUGUGGGAACAAAAAUGGGUGAUUUCCUUCCCAUUGCAGCUUUGUAUAUUGUAGAGGUAUGA